GUUGGUCGGCUGGCCAGCGGAGGCCGCUUUACAAACGCCUCUCAUGCACAUUUCUUUUUCUAAUACGAUACACCACGGGCUGGCCUGCUUCGAUUGUAUUGCAUUGCUUACUACCCCUGUCCUCUUAGUAGUGGGUCAUUCCUGUCUCCUUCCCUGCGCUAUACACUGAUGAUUGGACAUCCGAUGUUUGGCAACUUGUGAUUUUAUUUUUGUUAUCUGAAGGCGCUACGCUAGUAUCGGCAGAACUGUUUAAGCUCAGCGAAAAUGAUGACAGCGCCGAUUUGCAAGGGGAUUCUUACUUUGACGGCCUCAGCGAUCGUACAAGGUGUCCUGCCAACCCCUGACAAACCACUGACCAAAGGGCGGUAUGAGCCCUCUCGGUCAAUUACCGGUGGGCUUCCUUUUCUUGGUGUGCCAUGGAAGAUUAUAAGCUGUCUGUUAGGGGUCAUAGAAGCUGCUACUGUGUUGGCUGGGAGUGAUCUGUGCCCACCUUCCGUGCGCCACUGGCUCGUGAUCCUACUGGUGCAUUCCCACCAGCCUCCAAGUCAGGCCAUCACACAAGUCGGCGUGCUCUCGCCGGCAUUUCUCUUCGGCACAUGUCUGACGAUUGCCGGGGCGAUGCUCCGACGACACUGCUACAAUGUCCUCGGUCGAUUCUUUACCUUCGAACUAAGUAUUCGGGACGAUCAUAGACUCGUCACGUCCGGUCCAUACUCGAUUGUGCGGCACCCGAGCUAUUCGGCAUGCCUGCUCAUGCAGACUGGCCAGAUGUUGUUUUGGCUCGAUAGGAAUUCGUGGCUGGUUACUUGCUCUGGGUUACUGCCCGCUGAUGAACAUGCCAUGACGCGUGUGCUAUGGGCAGCGAGGGCGUUCAUGUUGUCGGUGGGAUACGUGUGGAUCUUACGCGUGAACCAUGAGGAUGCAAUGCUUGAGAAGAGCUUCGGGAAGGAAUGGAGAGAGUGGGCGAAGAAGGUGCCCUAUCGGUUGAUUCCUGGGGUAUAUUAGGGGGCACGAACGGUUGAGGAAACAUAACAACUACCCAUUCUCAGCCACAUAUGCAAACCUUACCGACAUUGCUAAAGAACGAGAACCAUGUAUGUGCUCCAUGUAAUGUGUUGUUACUCAACAUUUUUAUUUUAUGUCAGGGUAAGAGCAUCUGGAUUUUCUGGCUUGUGAU